UUCAUUCUGUGAGAUGGGCGGGGUUGUGUACCUCUAUGGUAUUGAUAGGUUCAACGAUGAUAUUGAGUUCAUGAUCGGCCACAAGCCCAACCUCUUCUGGCAGAUCACAUGGAGAUUUGUCAGCCCCGCCAUCAUGCUUGUCAUCUUUGUGUUCUACUUUUCACUAAAGUCACCGAAACGCUCCUAUAUAAAACCUGGAAUCCUGAAUCGGAAAACUUCCCUACAUUGGAGGAGAAGCCCUAUCCAGCCUGGAUCUAUGUCAUAAUCUUUAUCCUGGCAGGGAUACCCAGUCUAGCUGUGCCUGGCACUGCUCUCUUCAAAUGUUUACGGAGUAAGAGAAAUAGAAAGUCUGAACAGCAAG